AUGAGCAUCCAGGCCCCACCCGGACUCCUGGACCUGGCAGGGCAGAGCCUGCUGAGAGACCAGGCCUUGGCCAUCUCUGCCGUGGAGGAGCUGCCCAGGGAGCUCUUCCCCGCACUGUUCAUGGAGGCCGUCAGCAGGAGACACUUCCAGACUCUGCCGCUGAUGGUGCAGGCCUGGCCCUUCACCCGCCUCCCACUGGGAUCGCUGAUGAAGAGCCUUCAUCUGGAGACCUUAAAAGCAUUGCUGGAGGGGCUCCAUAUGCUGCUGACACAGAAGGUUCAUCCCAGGAGGUGGAAACUUCAAGUGCUGGAUUUGCAGGAUGUUGAUGAGAAUUUCUGGACCAGCGUCCUGUCCUGCUCCCCAGAGGCCGUGAGUAAGAGGCCGACACAGGACUGUCCAAGGACGGCAGAGCACCAGCCCUGGAAGGUGGUCAUAGACGUCUGUAUCGAGGAACUACUCCAGGAUGAAUGCCUGAGAUCGCUUUGCUGUAGUAAGUUGGUGAAUCAUCUAACACAGAUUAAAUAUCUCAGGAAGUCAUUGAAAGUAAUACCCCUGAGUAGCAUUCAGGAGCUGGAAAUUUAAGACCUGUGCUGGCCGCGUCUGAUAAGAAAGCGUCCUUCUUACCUGAAGGAGAUGAAGAAUCUUGGCAAAGUCGUUUUCUACAGGUGCUAUGAUUACACAACAGACCGUGACAUCCAGGAACAGUUAAGUAGCCAUUCAGCUCUGUUUCUCAGCCUGGAACACCUCCAGAUGCUUAGAAUAGAAAUGGUCACCUCCUUCAGCGGGCACCUGGAACAGCUGAUCAGGUACCUCCAGAACCCUUUAGAGGGCUUGGAUUUAGCUCGGAGCAAACUAUUGAAAGAGGAUUUAAAGUGCUUCUCACAGUACCCAAGCCUCAGGUACCUGAAGCAUCCUAAUCUCGGCAAUGUGUGUCUGUCCAGAGUCAGCCUUGAGCCCCUCACAGUUCUGCUUCAGAAAGUUGCUGCCACUCUGGAGACCCUCAAUUUGGAGCCCUGUCUGACCAACUGCUCCCAACCCUGUGCCUGCCUGCCUGCCCUGAGCCACUGCUCCCAGCUCACCACCUUCUGCUUUGGUGGAAAGCGGGUGACUGUGGACGACCCGAAGCACCUGCCGCACCACACCCAUGGGCUGAGCAAGUUAAGCCUAGAGAUGUAUCCUGCCCCUCGGGAGAGUUACCAUUCCUGGGUUAAUGUCAACUGGGAGAUCCUGACUCGGGCUGAGUCGAUGUGGACACUGAGGGAAGUGAGGCAGCCCAAGGAGGUCUUCCUUGGUCCCACCCCCUGUCCUUCCUGUGGCUCAUCGCCAUCUGAGGAACUGGAGCACCAUCUUUGCUGCUAG